GUUUCGUGUAAAGAUGAAGCUGAACUUGAUGUUACUGCUGUCGGCUGUCGUGAUUUCUGCUCUACCUGUUGUUGCUGGUAUACCUAUCUUGGCUAAUUUUACAUUUUCUUUUAACAUAACAGAGGAAUGGAUACCAGUUAAGAAGACCAAAUGUGACUUUCAAUGCCAGGAAGUGUACGCCCCUGUGUGUGGGUCUGAUGAUGUCACAUACAGCAACGGCUGUCAUCUUGCGAUAUACAACUGUGACAGGCCUGAGGACAGCCGGAUCACUGUAAAGUAUAUCGGUGCCUGCGGAUCUCAGAGUGCGAUGUAGAUGUCGUGAGCUUACACAUGAAGUCGCUGCUUCAGCUGUUGAAAGGAUGUACACGUG